CCCAGCCGCCCUCCCAUCACCCCACACACACCAUUGCUCAGGACUGAGUCGGGAGCAGGAACGCAGGCCGGUGAGGAGAGGCCAGCGGGUCUUCAGACAUCUCUUCCAGCAUCUGAGAAGUGAGGGGGUAGAGUCGUGAUGAGGGCUGGGCUGCCCCUCGUCCUCCUCCUGACCCUUGUCGGCAGCUCACAGGGGGCAGGGCCAGGAAUGACUUUGAAACUAAAGUUGAAGAACUCCCUUCUGGCAAAUUCUUCCUACAAUUCCAGCUUACUGGACUUUCUCCAGAAGUUCUGCCUCCUCCUCCACCUCCCCUUGGGGACCAACGUCACCCUGCAUCAAGCAGGGUCCUCACAGCACGUCACCUGCAGAGUCUGAGAGCAGUCGAAGCCUGUGCCCUUCUUGGCUGGGGCAUCCGGUCCCUGGAGAGCAGGCGCCAUGCCCCGACCCUGUCUUCCAACAGGCCCUCACCCUGCUCAGUGGCAGUAAAUAUGCUGAAUUCAGUGA